CUCUAAUCCUCACUAAACCUAACUCACCCUCACCAGUCACCAUUCUCACCUUCUCAAACAGUUACUGAGCUACACUUCUUCCCCUUAAACAGUCGUCGUCUUCUCCAAUCUCGAUGCCGUCACCAUCGUCUUCUAGACUCGCAGCCACCAUCGUCAUCUUCUCUAGCUUCGGCGCCGUUGCCGUUGUCUUUUGGACUCAACAUCUCGUGGUGCUUUCUCUCACUUCUACAGCGACAAAGGUAGGGUUCUUAGCAAAGAGGAGCAGGCCAAAGAGAACGUCUACAUCAAGAAAUAGGAGAGAGAGAGGUCAGAGAAACAGAAGCAGCAAGCUGAAAAGGAAAAGGCAGAGAUGGACAAAAACUGCUUAUGACAAGUUUGAAGACUUCGUGAUCUGCUUGCAAAAUACAGUUCAUCUUAUCUUGUUUUCAAUGAUGAUAUCUAGGUUCAAUCUUUCUUUCCAAGAAAGCAUUGAUGACAAUGAUGAUUCUGAUGAAGGGAAAUAUGAAAACGGAAGGCCCUGCUUUUCUGAAAUAGAAAGAAGUGCUGGUUUUUUAGACAAGGAACUUGCUGCUAGUGGCUUUAAUGAUUUUCUUGUUCUAUAUAGGAAGGGGAAAUUAUGGAAGCAUUUUCUUUAA